CCCCGCAGCUCGCUAGCAAGCCGUCACAUCGUUGCUGUUUGACUUGUCUUAUUUAAUUCUGGCUGUGUUUCUACCUCAACGACUAAGACUUGACUGUAUUCAACUCUUGUUAAAGGUCGGAUAAUUUGCCGCCAUGUUCCUCACCCUCAUGCUGCUGCGCAAAGGUAUUCCCGGGAAGCAGUGGAUCGGGAAGCAUCGCCGCCCGAGGCAGAUCACAUGGCAGAUGAAAAGCAAUAUGGUGAAGCACCUGGAGCGCGAGGCAGAGAACGAGUACUGGCUCAGCCGGCCGUACCUGACGAAGGAGCAGGAGGUCCGCCACGCCGCAGAGCGCAGGGCCCAAACCUGGGAGCAGAUCAAGGAGGCCAACUUCGCCAACUUUCCCGAACACAAACGCAUAACGGAUCACCUGAGUCAUCUGAGGAUCACCAGGACGUGGUCGAGUUAACCUUUUCAGAUGCAAAGACUGGUUUUCUCAACAAAAUGUUUGUUUCAUGAUUUAUGUCAAUCGGGCUUUUUCGGCUGAGAAUAUGUGAAGACGUCGUCUGUCUAAGACAUUGCACAUCUGUGAUUGUGGUAAUAAAAAAAUGGAUGUCACAACGUAAUGUGUAAUUUUUCCUUUUUGUAUGAGAACUGAGUAAUUUGUAUUUUAGUCUUUAUUAAAAAAAAAAGUUCAGUUGCUUUCA